AUGAGUGUGAAUCAGAAGUUGACAAAAGAUAAGCAUGGAAAAGAUGUAGACCCAAGUCUCUAUAGAAGCAUGAUUGGAAGUUUGCUCUAUCUCACAACUAGCAGGCCAGACAUCUCUUUCAGUAUUGGAGUUUGUGCAAGAUAUCAAGCAACACCAAUGGAAUCUCAUUUGAAACCUGUUAAGCGUAUUAUCAGAUAUGUUCAUAGUACUGCAAAAUAUGGAAUUUGGUAUUCAAAAGACUCCAACUCACAUCUUGCAGGUUAUAGUGAUGCAAAUUGGGAAGGAAAUAUUGAUGAUAGAAAGAGCACCUCAGGAGGAUGUUUCUAUCUCGGUAAUAACUUAGUCACAUGGUAUAGCAAGAAACAAAGUUCGAUUUCACUAUCCCCUGCCAAGGUUGAAUACAUAGCACCAGAAAGUUGUCGUACACAAUUAUUGUCGAUGAAGCAAAUGCUCGAGGAUUAUGGCCUACAACAAGGGGUGUUGACUAUAUUUUGUGACAACAAAAGUGCUAUUGAUAUCUUCAAGAAUCCUGUCCAACACUCUCGUACCAAACAUAUUGAUCUUUGA